ACGUCUGGUCCGCGAGCUCCGCGAGCUCCAUUCACCGAUGUGACCGGUCGUCGUCGUCCCUUCCUUCGUCCAUUCCGUAAGAAAGUUUGUCCUGCUUUCGAUUACCGUUCCAGGAUCUAACGGAAUACGUCCCGGAAGUGGCCGUCCUUCUGUUCUCCGGUCAGACGCGAACCUGUUCCCCGUCCCUUGCCAGAGGACAAACUCCAACGAUCAGGAAUGCCUUCGUGAAACCGAUCUCGUUACCGCGGAGCACCGAACCACCAUGACCGUUACUGGGAAAAAGUACGUCGAGCGUACCGUCUCGGGAAACGAGAGCAACGCCGAGGACUCAUCUUACGACAGCGAUUACGAGGCAGAGGAUGUUAGUACGUCGAGCGUCCCACUAGAAUCCCAGGUGCCCGAUUCGCGUCACUCCGACGUCUCGAGGACGUCCUCGGACACCCUGGCCGCGGAAUUCGCGGAGUAUGUCACCGUCGAGGGUAGCUCGGCCACAGUCCACAGUCCUGGAUACGCGGCCAGAGUGGAGUUCGCAUUAAAACUAGGCUACACGGAGCGGCUUGUGCAAACAGCGUUGGAAAAGUUAGGCCCGGACCCAGAGCAGAAUGAGCUUCUAGCCGAACUCAUCAAACUGGGAGCCGCCAGCUGUUCCCAGAGAUACGAGGAGACUACGGAAGGGUACUGCGAGACCAAUGGGAACGAAGUGAAUCCCGGAUCCGGCCGUUUGCGAUCGGUCGUAAUCGACGGUAGCAACGUCGCUAUGAGUCACGGGAACAAGGAGGUAUUCUCCUGCAGGGGAAUAAAGAUCUGCGUGGAUUGGUUCAGAGCUAGGGGACACAAGGAGAUUACCGUAUUCGUUCCGAAGUGGAGGAAGGAAACAUCGAGGAUCGACAAUCCCGUGGCGGAUCAGGAGAUACUCGGAGAGCUGGAAAGGGACAGGCUGCUGGUGUUCACUCCUUCCAGAUUAGUGGGGGGGAAGAGGAUGGUCUGCUACGACGACAGGUACAUUCUAAAGCUGGCGGUGGAGGUGGAUGGGAUCGUCGUGAGCAACGACAACUACAGAGAUCUGGCGCAGGAGAAUCCGGAGUUUAGAAAAGUCGUCGAGGAAAGGAUACUGAUGUACACGUUUGUCAACGACCGCUUUAUGCCUCCAGACGAUCCCCUCGGCAGGAGCGGGCCGACGCUUGACAAUUUCCUCAGGAUACUGCCUAGGAAAUCGGACCCGGCUCCACCUUGUCCCUACGCCAAGAAGUGCACUUAUGGGAAUAAGUGUAAGUUCCGGCAUCCGGAAAGAGGCUCCCAUCCGCAGAAAUCCGUCACGGAGAAGCUGGUAGAACACGUGCAGAGACACCUCCAGGUAAACGACAUUUCGACGCGAAUUCUCAACGAAAAUUCGAUUCUUCGUCGUUUUAUAUAUGAUACAAUUAUCACGGAGGUGUUUCAGCAUCAACCGCUGUGCAAAGCCAAGUCGGCGGUGAACAGCACCGUCAAACUACCAUCGCCGACGGUCGCCAAGAGCAAGUCCGUUGAAAAUGUGACGAUUGACCAGAGCCAACCACUGCCUACCACCAGUUCAAGAGUCGUUCAUCGUUCCCCGUGUUGGAGAACGAGCAGACCGGAGACGGAGGCGCCCAACAUGCACAAAAAGCUCCAACGGCAGUUGACCCUGAAUCCAGUGUACGAUCCGAGGCUUUUGCAAUUAAGAGACCGUCAGCAAUCGUCGCGGAACGGUGCUGCCAGUUCGACGCAGGGAAAUGAGAGCACAGCUCGGCAUCGACCGUUGACCAGACAUUCCAGCCACGAGACACCGUUCGCAUCGGCUCCGAGUUGUCAUCAACACCUGACUCGAAUAGCGUCGGCCCCGGACUCCUACCAACCCGUCUUUCGAGCCACAGCCACCAGCCUGGAGCUAGCUUCGGGUUCUAAUCAACGAUCGGGAGGCUCAGAAACGAACCGGUUAUUGUCUCCCGUCUGUUCGCAGAUGUCGACGGAGGUACUGAGGGAGUUCCUCGACGCCAGAUCGAAGAUUCACUACCAUCUGGCGAAUAUCUUCCCCGAGGAGCACGUCCGAAACGCGAUGAUGAUGCUGCCUUUCGAAACGGACGCCAUUGAGAUCUGCCUGGCAAUAUUGAACACCUACCCGCAAUCGUAGGUCCCUUAAAUCAUUAAUUAAUCAUCGCUCCGGGAGUGUCUGUAAGGAAUCAAAACGGCUAUGGUCAAUUAAUCGAGCAGUUUUUAAUAUACAAAUUAAUACCGACUGUACUCUCUUAAAUGAUUUCCAUUCGAACAUGGAAACCUGUACGAUCCUCUCGUGAACGUUCCCGCGGCUCGCUUCUCUUUCUAUUUAAUAUUUAUAUUUAUUGCGCACAAAGAUUCUGUCUAUUUUAUAUCAGUCGCAUCCACGUGUUAUUUUAUGUACGAUACAAUAGCAUAAUAUAUUAUUCGAACGACGAUUUGUACGAAA